CUAAAGUAUUGCGAGGGAACGCAAUAGAAAAAAAUCGCCCCAUGUCCCCUCACAGACUCCGUAUUAGUUGUGUAACUUUGUGUAAAUGUAUAUUUUGCUGCCUCUUGGCCUGGACUCCCUUGAAACAGAAGAUUUAAUCUCAGUGGGACGUUCCUGGGUAAAUUAAGGAAAUAAAAUGUCAGGUAUAAUCUGUGUUCUCUUCUGAUAAUCUGCUCUAACCUAAAUGAGGACGUCUCUUUAAGGAGGUGAAUAUUUCUGCAGCUCUACUGCUGUCUGCCUUUGAUUUAAUUUAGGCUUUUAUUUUGUAAAGCUGUCUUUUAUUUUGUAAAGCUUCCUGUUCAGAUUGAGCAUGAAUGUUCUGUAAACCCAGACCGUGAAGACCAGAGGUUCUGUUCAGAGCCAGAACUGCUCCGGGCCCACCUGACAGGUUUGACUGAGAACUGGUUCCACAUGGUGAACCUCCCAGAGUUCUGGAUGUGGCCCGUCCUCCUGCAGGACUCAGUGGUUCUGUGUACAGCUCAGGUUCUGUUCGCCGUCACAUGUUUGGGACAAUCAGUCCUUCAGUCUGGACCUUGUGGAUUUUCAGCUAUUUGUCAUGUGACCGGGCCCAGUCCUUGGUUCUGCUCCACAGCUCCGUGCUCUGAGAGCGUGGAUCAGAACCACAGGGACCAGACUAACGGAGGACAGGGUUCUGAGAGCGUGGAUCAGAACCACAGGGACCAGACUAACGGAGGACAGGGUUCUGAGAGUGUGGAUCAGAACCACAGGGACCAGACUAACAGAGGACAGGGUUCUGAGAGCAUGGAUCAGAACCACAGGGACCAGACUAACAGAGGGCAGGGUUCUGAGAGCGUGGAUCAGAACCACAGGGACCAGACUAACAGAGGACAGGGUUCUGAGAGUGUGGAUCAGAACCACUGGGGGACCACAGGGACCAGACUAACGGAGGACAGGGUUCUGAGAGUGUGGAUCAGAACCACAGGGACCAGACUAACGGAGGACAGGGUUCUGGACUGAUCCUGACCGGUCCAGUUGUGAGUAUCAGUGGUGUUCUGUAUCCGGACUGUGUUCUGGUCCAGUUGUGUGUUUGUGUUUGUAGCAGAGUCAGGUCCAACACAGGUUCUAUGAUACACCAGGUGGGUCAGAACAGGACUUUAUCUGGACCCAGUCCAUCAGUUCUUCUCUGRUGGUCUCAGUCGGACUCUGGGGACAGCAGAGCUCAGGGUUCAGGACUGGUUGAACAGUUCUGGAGGUUCUUGAUCCUCUAGUUUCACUCUGAUGGAACCAACUUACUGCAUCAUUGGAUCAGUUCUGCAGUUGGGUCGGGCAGAUUCAUACUGUGUGCUGUUACUGGUCAGAAAAACACAAAUGAAUAUUUAUCAGUGUUUGAUGAUUAAUGGUCUUAAUGGCAGGAGGCAGACUGACUGGUUUCUCUGGUCCGUCUGCUCGGUGCUCCUCUCUGCUUCACUUAAGAACAACUUUAAAACAAAGUUCUGUCAUUUAUUAAUCAUAACUCAGGCUUUACUUGGUCUGUYGACACAGUUUAAAAAUAGACGUUUAGCUUGAAGUCUGUGUUUUGACACAAUUYGGAACAGAUKUUUAGAGAGUAAAUCUUUCCCAGUAGAGAGAUUUAAACUGGUAAUGUGAGCAGGAUGUGAGGCAUCAGGGGAUUAAUGGUUAUCAGCUGAACACCACAAUUAAUCCUGAUUGAUAUUUUUACAUUGUCACCCAACCCUGUUCUGCAGGAUCUGUUCCACUAGUUUCUGUUGGCCCAGAUGGGACCUCUAACURGUUCUGAUCACACCUGUCCU